CAGCCGCCGGAUGGCUUGGCUUCACUACGCAAUGUAGGAAUUUCCCCAAGUAUCGCGAGAUACCGCGGGAUGAUGACGUCACACGGAGGCGAUCCGUCACCCAGGAAGGGAAAUAGAGGGGUAUCUUUGGGAGAAAAAGAAAUCCAGGAUGAAAGGUCUGUACUGCAAGCUGGAUGAAGCUAAAGAGCUGAAGUUUAUUAUACAGGAUACAAGUAUAGCCGCAACUGUUGGUGAUCAUCAGGUCAAAGUUCAAGUCAAAGGCUGUUCGCUUAGUCCUGUGGACAUUAAGCUGUGUGAGGAUUUAAAGCUGCAGAGGGAACAUGUUCCUGUCGGUCGAGAGAUAGCAGGAAUCGUGCUCCAAGUGGGGCCAAAAGUGACCUUCUUCCAUCCUGAUGAUGAAGUUGUAGGAAUUCUUCCCCUGGAUGCAGAGAUGUCUGGCCUUUGCGAUGUUGUCCUUAUGGAUGAAUAUAAUUUAGUUCAGAAACCUGAGAAGGUUAGCUGGUUCGAAGCUGCUGGAGCACUUAAGGACGGUCUCAAGGCCUAUACAGCGCUACACACUCUGGCUCGCAUGGCGGUCGGACAAACGCUGCUUUUACUGGAUGGGGCAAGUUCGUUUGGAGUCUUGACCAUCCAGCUAGCUCAUUACCAUGGAGUGAAAGUCCUUGCUACUGCCUUAUCCCCUGAUGACCAGAAGUUUCUGGAACAGCUUCGACCGAGUGUAGCCAGGGUGAUUGGAGUCUGGGACUCAAAAGUGGACCUCGUGGACUCCUGCCUGGAAGAGACUGGUGGACUGGGGGUGGACAUAGUGAUUGAUGCAGGAGUGAGACUUUACGAAGAGGAACCCGAGGUCAAGAAACAUGUCCCACACAAGCACGACAUCAUUUCUCUUCUUGCAGUUGGGGGUCAUUGGGUCACUACUGAAGAUAACUUGCAGCUGGAUCCUCCAGACAGUCGCAUUCUCUUCUUGAAAGCCGCCUCCAUCUCCUUUCUAAAUGAAGAAGUGUGGGAAGCAUCCAGAGCCAGACAGGGCCGAUAUCUCCAUAUAAUGAAGGACGUGGUGGAGAAGCUAUCAGCAGGGAUUUUUAGGCCACUGUUGGAAAACCCUGUGCCCUUAUACGAAGCCACAGUUUCUAUGGAGAUGGUGCAGAGACGACAAGUCAGAAAGCGGGUUGUGGUGAAGCUUUAAACAUUCAGAACUACAAAGUCCAGCAUUCCAUCAUAAAAUGCCUGUAAAGUAGAAAUUAAAUACAAAUAUGCCGAUUCUUUUUUUCAACAGUCAUUAAUGUGUGUAUUUUUCCUGAUAGCAAAAGAUUGUGGCUUUACUGAAUUCUAUUCAAAUGUUCCGACAUUAAAUGUUUUUUUAUUCA